GCUGGGGAGGUGAUAGGCGCGGGAGCGCGCCUGCCUCGGCUCUUCUCGCCGGGCUGCCGAGCGGGGAGGAAGAGAGGGAGGAGGUGCGCGGCUGCGGCUCCCCCCACCGCCGCUUCCCGGGCGGAGGGGCUGCAACGACCCGCCAGGCAGUAACCUAACGACCUGCGAUACAGGGGAUAAGAAAGAAAGCAAAGACAUAGACCAUCUUGCUCUGAAGUUAUUCAUACAAAGGUUUCUUGUCUAUAUUUACAUAACUAUUCCCAGCCACUAAUCUGAUGAAGUUGGACAUCAUUCUUCCAGUGUGAGUUACUUCCUACAUCCUAAAAUCAUGAUGAAAAAGAAGAGCACAUCUGCAAGCAGAGCUUCCUUGAUUCUCUUUCUGUGCCAAAUGAUUUCUGCAUUGGAGGUACCUCUAGACUCAAAACUUCUAGAAGAAUUGUCUCAGCCUCCAACGAUAACUCAGCAAUCUCCAAAAGAUUACAUUAUUGACCCCCGAGAGAAUAUUGUAAUACAGUGUGAAGCAAAAGGAAAGCCACCGCCAAGCUUCUCAUGGACACGCAAUGGAACUCAUUUUGAUAUAGAUAAAGAUGCACAGGUAACAAUGAAACCAAAUUCAGGAACCCUUGUCAUAAAUAUUAUGAAUGGUGGAAAGGCAGAAGCAUAUGAAGGAGUAUACCAGUGUACAGCAAGGAAUGAACGAGGAGCAGCCAUUUCCAACAAUAUUGUCAUAAGGCCAUCCAGAUCCCCUUUGUGGACUAAAGAAAAAAUAGAACCAAAUCAAGUUCGAGAAGGUGAUUCCCUAGUGCUACACUGCAGACCUCCUGUUGGCUUACCACCACCUAUAAUAUUUUGGAUGGAUAAUGCUUUCCAAAGGUUGCCUCAAAGUGAAAGAGUUUCCCAAGGCCUAAAUGGAGACCUUUAUUUUUCUAAUGUACAACCAGAAGACACCCAUGAGGACUAUAUCUGCUAUGCAAGAUUUAAUCAUACACAAACUAUACAGCAGAAGCAGCCAAUUUCUGUAAAAGUUCUUUCAAUGGAUUCAUUGAAUGACACUAUAGCUGCUAAUUUGAGUGACACUGAUAUUUAUGGUGCCAAACCAGUUACAGAGAGGCAACCAAUUCUUCUAACACCAACAGGUAGCACAAGUAACAAAGUGGAACUGAGAGGAAAUGUGCUUUUGUUGGAGUGCAUUGCAGCAGGAUUACCCACACCAGUAAUCCGCUGGAUUAAAGAGGGUGGGGAACUGCCAGCCAACAGAACAUUUUUUGAAAACUUUAAGAAAACUCUCAAGAUCAUAGAUGUUUCUGAAGCUGAUUCUGGAAACUACAAAUGUAUAGCAAGAAAUAUAUUAGGUUCUACUCAUCAUGUCAUUUCCGUAACUGUUAAAGCUGCCCCAUACUGGAUAACAGCACCCAGAAACUUGGUCUUGUCUCCUGGAGAGGAUGGGACGUUGAUCUGCAGGGCUAAUGGCAACCCAAAGCCUCAUAUAAGCUGGUUAACAAAUGGCGUUCCCAUAGCAAUUGCCCCAGAAGAUCCUAGCAGAAAGGUAGAUGGUGACACCAUAAUUUUCUCAGAUGUGCAAGAGAGGUCAAGUGCUGUCUAUCAGUGCAAUGCUUCUAAUGAAUAUGGAUAUCUGCUGGCAAAUGCAUUUGUGAAUGUUUUGGCUGAGCCACCAAGAAUUCUAACUCCUGCUAACAAACUGUAUCAAGUCAUUGCAAAUAAUCCUGCAUUGCUAGACUGUGCUUAUUUUGGCUCACCUAAGCCUGAAAUUGAAUGGUUUAAGGGAGUGAAAGGUAGCAUCUUGCGUGGAAAUGGAUAUGUUUUCCAUGAUAAUGGAACCUUGGAAAUUCCGGUGGCUCAGAAGGAUAGUGCUGGUACAUACACGUGUGUAGCAAGGAAUGAAUUAGGAAACAUGCAAAAUGAGGUGCGGUUGGAAGUGAAAGAUCCAACAAUGAUAAUUAAACAGCCAGAAUACAAAGUGAUUCAGAGAGCUGGCCAAGUUUCAUUUGAGUGUACAAUAAAACAUGAUCCUACUUUAAUACCAACAGUUAUAUGGUUGAAAGACCAUGGAGAGCUGCCAGAUGAUGAAAGGUUUCUAGUUGGUAAAGACAACUUGACCAUUAUGAAUGUAACUGAUAAAGAUGAUGGAACAUAUACUUGCAUAAUUAAUACCACUCUGGACAGUGUUUCAGCAAGUGCUGUGCUUACUGUUGUUGCUGCUCCCCCAACUCCAGCUAUCAUUUACGCUCGGCCAAAUCCACCCUUCGAUUUGGAAUUGACAGGUCAGCUUGAAAGAAGCAUAGAACUCUCGUGGAUACCAGGAGACGAAAAUAACAGUCCAAUUACAAAUUUUGUUAUUGAAUACGAAGAUGGACUGCAUGAACCAGGAGUGUGGCAUUACCAGACAGAAGUCCCUGGAACUCAGACAACAGUACAGUUGAAGCUGUCUCCAUACGUCAAUUAUUCAUUCCGUGUGAUAGCUGUCAAUGAGAUUGGUAGAAGUCAGCCAAGUGAAUCAUCUGAGCAAUAUCUGACAAAAGCUGCAAACCCUGAUGAAAAUCCUUCUAAUGUACAAGGGAUAGGCUCAGAACCUGAUAAUUUGGUGAUAACAUGGGAGUCUUUAAAAGGUUUUCAGUCUAAUGGACCAGGGCUUCAGUACAGAGUCAGCUGGCGUCAGAAAGAUUUUGAUGAUGAAUGGACUUCUGUUAUAGUUGCAAAUGUAUCUAAGUAUAUUGUGUCUGGUACACCAACUUUUGUUCCCUAUGAGAUAAAAGUACAGGCUUUAAAUGACCUGGGAUAUGCUCCAGAGCCUUCAGAGGUGAUUGGACAUUCAGGGGAAGACUUGCCAAUGGUUGCUCCAGGCAAUGUGCAGGUUCAUGUCCUUAACAGCACAUUAGCGAAGGUGCAUUGGGACCCAGUUCCACUAAAAACUGUCCGAGGGCAUCUUCAAGGGUACAAAGUUUACUACUGGAAAGUGCAGAGUCUAUCCAGGAGGAGUAGGAGGCAUGUAGAAAAAAAGAUCCUGACUUUCAGGGGAAACAAGACUUUUGGAAUGUUGCCUGGACUGGAGCCCUAUAGUUCUUACAAGCUAAAUGUUAGAGUUGUUAAUGGUAAAGGAGAAGGACCAGCAAGCCCAGACAAAGUAUUUAAGACCCCUGAAGGAGUUCCCAGCUCACCCUCCUUUUUGAAGAUUACUAACCCAACAUUGGACUCUUUGACUCUGGAGUGGGGUUCACCUACUCAUCCAAAUGGUGUUUUGACAUCAUAUAUAUUGAAGUUUCAGCCAAUUAACAACACACAUGAAUUAGGUCCCUUGAUAGAGAUAAGAAUUCCUGCCAACGAGAGCAGCUUGAUAUUAAAAAAUUUAAAUUACAGCACACGAUACAAGUUUUACUUUAAUGCACAAACAUCAGUUGGAGCAGGAAGUCAGAUAACUGAGGAAGCAGUAACAAUUAUGGAUGAAGCUGGUAUUCUCCGUCCUGCUGUAGGUGCAGGCAAAGGAUAUUCAGAAACCCUUUUUGCAACCUCCCCAGUCAUGCAUACUGUCCGUCCAACAUUCUAUAAGGUGCAACCACUUUAUCCAAGGAUCAGAAAUGUUACAACAGCUGCUGCUGAGACAUAUGCCAAUAUCAGUUGGGAGUAUGAGGGACCAGAUCAUGCGAACUUUUAUGUUGAAUAUGGUGUAGCAGGCAGCAAAGAAGAUUGGAAAAAAGAAAUUGUAAAUGGUUCUCGAAGCUUCUUUGUGUUAAAGGGUUUAACACCAGGAACAGCAUAUAAAGUCCGGGUUGGUGCUGAGGGCCUGUCUGGUUUUAAGAGUUCAGAGGAUGUGUUUGAGACAGGUCCAGCAAUGGCAAGUCGGCAGGUAGACAUUGCUACUCAAGGAUGGUUCAUUGGUCUUAUGUGUGCUGUGGCUCUUCUUAUCUUAAUUUUACUGAUUGUUUGCUUCAUAAGGAGGAAUAAAGGUGGCAAAUAUCCAGUGAAGGAAAAGGAGGAUGCACAUGCUGAUCCAGAAAUACAACCUAUGAAGGAAGAUGAUGGAACAUUUGGCGAAUACAGGUCCAUGUCUACUUGGACAGUAAAGAAAACGGACAAGGAAAAGAAAAGACAAGGUAGCUGUGCCAAAUCUCCUGAAGCAGACUCUGUCUUUACCAAAGCAAUUUCUGUGAGAUCUGACAGAUCCAACUUCUUCAGAAGGUCAGGGGAUCAAUACUCCAGCACCAGAUCAGAGACCUCCUCCUCCAGGAGGAGGGCUAGGCAGUCUUCAGAGCUUACAAGGGUUAGUUCUGUCUCUGCUUCCCUCUGCCAAGAGGAAGAGAGGUCAGACGAAUGGAAGUACAGGCAUGGCUCUAGACAUCAUGCUUCCAAGCAACACAUAAUGGGGUCGGAGGAGGGCUCAGAUUCUCAGGCAGGACAGCCUCCCCCUUUCCAGCAACAGCUCAGCUGCAACUCAAUUCGUGGCUCACUGGCAAGGCAGCAUUCUUCUCUCCAGCAGUGGUUCAUCCAGACCCCAGACUACAGCUCAGAUUCAGAAGACUCUCAAAGCUUCUACCACAAGAAGGUAAGACCUUCUACUGCUACUCAUUUCUCUGAAUCUGAAAAAAAUAGAUUAGUGAGAUCUAUAAUAUUGCCUGAGUUGGCUACUGUGUUAAAGGAUGCACUGACUGCAGCCAGCCAAAGUAUAACUUCUGUGGCACAGGCUAGCUCCCAUUCAGUAAAGCAUCCCCAGGUACCAGUUACAGAAGUUCCUGUGGUUCCCCUAAAAGCAACUGGGAGCAGUUUCGAAGCUUUCAAGUCUGACUGUGUGGGCAGUUUAAAAGAGCAAGCAGCUUCUAGUAAGGAGAAAUCUAAGGCAGACAAGGCCUUGCAUGAUGAGUCAUUCCCUGAAGAUGUGGAGGUGUCAUCUCAGCCCCCUACAGAAGACCAAGAGGAACCAGAUCCUGUGCGUAAGUUUGACAUGGAGAAUCAGAAUUAUCUGUUCAAGCAUAUUAAGAGAGUGCUAAUGUUGAAAUCUUCCAAAUGUGAAUGCCCUUCAGAAGAACUGCCUAUGCCCUCUGAAGAAAGCAAGGUAGAUAAUGCCCUUCCUAUCCAUUCAGCACUGGAAAAUCUUGUCUGUAGGAUUUGGGGUAAUCCUGAAGCAAAACACGAACCCCCAGCAGUGCUACGUAAGGUGUAUCCUCUUUCAGCGGAUAAAGCUGCUUUGUGGGGGGGGUUGCCUGAGGUGGACAGGGCAGUGGUUACUGGGGAUUCUGCACCUGCUCAUAUGGAUGCUCUACCUAAAGAUCCUACUGAUAGAAAGGUUGAGGAAGCAAUCAAAAGGUCUUUCAAGCUAGUUGCAGCCCAACUUGGAGUAUCCAUCUACUGCACCUACGCUUCAAGAGCCUUGCUAAUAUGGCUGGAGGAAGAACAAGACAGAUUCAAAAAGAAAUGGGUCCAAUCCACUGCCAGGCAGAGGACACAUAGGCUAUGUAAAAUUGCAACUAACAUCCAUGAUGCAGCUGAGGAUUCUCUAAGACUCACAGUUAAGAAUAUGGCCUGCCUCACAUUAGCGUGGAGAGCUGUAUGGCUACGGCCUUGGACCUCAUCGCUAGAUCUAAAAUCUCAGCUGCUAUCUUUGCCAUAUACAGGUGGCAAGCUAUUUGGUGAAUCUGUGGUAAAGAUCAUGAAGGAUUUUUCAGAAUGCAAACAUUCCCUCCAUCAGCUGAGAAAAAAAAGAUCUGUUGAAAGCUCUUUGUUUUCUUAUCCUUACAACUGUCUGAGCUCCUUCCAUUCUCCUCCUAACUUUAAAGGAGGGAAGGGAAAGUAUAAGGUCUCACAGUCAUUUCACACUAACUACAAAAGGACAUCUCAUUUUCAGAGAGACUCAGAGCCAUCAAGAGGAACUUUCUGACAAUAUAGACUUGCUUACUUUUUCCUCAGGAGCUGGGAAGAGUGGAAGAUUUGGAAAUUUACAGUGAACAGUCAUCAGUAUUUCUGGACAAGUAAGCCCAAUGCUUAGGAAAUUAGUUGUUUCAAAGUAAGAUUUAAAUAAUUUUGGCACUAAUUAACAUUUUCCAGAAAAGUCAUAGCUCUCAGAUUUAGGAGGUGUUUUUGUCAGAUUCAGUUGCUAGGCUUCCUGGUAUUUUUGAGAUGGUCUGGAGCUGUUUGACGUUUUUCACUCUUCAGCUGUGUUUCUUCACCUAAGAGCAUACUUCCCGCAGAACCUGCCACCAUGGGGUUUUUCUACCAUGCCAGUCUAAUGAAGGAAAGAACGGUUUAGGAAACGCAGUUGUUUUUGGAACCACAGAAUAACUGGAUACACAAUCCCCCUGUAGCUGGAGGCAUAAUCAGAUCUUCACGUAACAAGGGAAAACAGUGCCUCUGAAAGUCCAUUUUAUAGCAAAGCAAUUGCAUUACAAUCCUGAUGGGUUUGAGUUAUAGAAGACUGAUACAGUUAAUUGUGAACAGUGAAUGAUUACACCAAGACACUGCAAGAAAUGCCAUAAAUAAAUGUUUGUUUAAAGAAAAAAGAACAAAGACAUAGAGCUCCUGUUCAGGCCAGCACAGGUCUACUUGUAAUAAAUCAGCCUAAAUUUCCAUCCUGGGCCGUGAAUCAAGAGAAAUUAAGGAGUUAUAACAUCGUCAGGCUUUUGGAUUUGAGGAUGGGGAGAGAUUACAAGCAUGCAUUUGUUAAACUUUAUGGGAAGUAUGAAAGGGAAGCUUUUCACAUCUUUUAUUACAUCAUAUCUAUGUAUUUUUGUGCUCUCAUUCCAAUCUGUGAAAUGUGUCCAGGAAGAUCAAACAGGACAAGGCAUCUACAGUGGUAGGACUGCUAGUGCGGUUGCACAGGCUGUUUGCACAUUUCAUUGAAUUCUUUUGCCUCUUUUCUCAAGUGUUUUGAUGCACAAAGGUUUUUUUCCAAGAAAUUCCUAGCUACUCUACAAGAGACUUUCUGAAAAUGGUUGGUGGACAACUCUGAGGUUGUUAAGUAAUAUGCUAGUCUUCCAUCUUUCUCUAGGUUGAUUAACAAUGUGAAUAUAGUUUAUGACCUGCAGUAGUAUUUUUCUCUAUUGUAUUUUUUCAAAUUUUAUUGCAACCCAGAUCUGUUACUGAAGGAUCUGCCAAUUACUUGUGCCCUCACCACUCCGAGUCUAAGCUCAGUUGCUUCUAACACAAGAGAUAAUGUCAAUAGACUGCCUGAGGACUCUUAUCUCGGAAUAGUCUGAUUGGAUUUGGCAGCAGUCUUACUGUGUUCUCAUUCACACACACAUGCUUUCUUUGACGGUUCCUAACUUAAUUCUUGAACGUCCAUGUCACUUCUUUUUUGAAUCAUUGCAUUGAUUUCAUUUUAUAUGUUUUUGCUUCAGAAGACAUAGUAAAUAUGGAAAAUUUUAUUAACUUUAUCUCAAGUAAAUUUUUCUUUAAAAUUUUCACAAGGAGAGAGUUGGAUUCUUUGACUAACAACUUUUUCAACCUGUUGCCAGUUAGAGGAAGAGCUCAGUUUUUCAGUUUUUACAGCUUCUGCUAAGAUUGAAGAUCAGUAUUGCGGAGAUGUUAAAGACAAGCUGCUUGGAAAACUAAUACAGAUGCGUGUAUUAUCUUAGCUACAUUAGAAAUAGUAAAAAGUUCUGAAAUCUGGAUUGAGACAUAAUGCUUAGGGAAGCAUAUGCAUAACUGUAUAGGGAAAGAGUUUUUCAUCUACAUAGUCUUCAGGAUCCCUAACAACUUAUAAGCAUGAGCAGAAACAUGUUAGGUAUUAGGGAAGAGUUUCUCUUAAAAUUUACAAGGAAGCAAUAGUCCAAAGUACUCCUGUAGCUUUAUAUGAAUGCUUAUACCUAAACAUUUCUGGGCUGUUGACCUGAGGGUACAGAAAAAGGAAUUUAUUCCCAACAGAUUUUUUCUGCAUCCCCUUUUCCAGCAGCCCGGAAUGCUUCACCAUUUUGUUUGUUUUGUGUUACCUCUCAUGCAACAGUUGUGUUAUAAGGAAAAGUAGUGUAUUGCUAACCAUAUAUUGAGUUGUUUUGCAUGUCCAUUAAUGUGGCAAAGUUUAGUGGGAACUAGUUGCCUGCUGGACUGCAGAGGCAUCGUAAAACUGUCCUCCCCAUUCUGUCUGGUUGCUGCAUGUACCCAUUUCUAAGGAAGAAAAAUUAAAAAGGUGAAGGAAGAAAGGAGAUUUGAAGGUAACACAUUUCUUUCAAUAACUAUGAUAAGCUUGUGAAAUAGAAGUACUGUUUUUUAAAGUAAGUUUGUACUUUAUGCUUGUCAUUAUCACCUUCCUACUUCAUCAUAUCUUUUAAUCAUUAGCUGCAAGUUUGCUAUUUGUUUCAUGAAACUAAGAAGAAAAAGAAAUAUGUAUUAUAUUAGCAGUACUUUAUGAAAAAUAUUUAAAUCAUGCUUUCAGAGUGUACUUUAAUAUUGAACGCACUGUUCUUACUAAAAUGGCAAGUUACUUACUGAAAUAGGCUGAUUAUCUGUAAGUGUCAGUCUUCAUUAAGAAACUGUCAUCUUUAAAAAGCUAAUAGUAUGAAAUUUAUUUGUAGGACAACAAAUAGUAAAAGUAUCACUGGACUUAACUUUCAUGGCUGUCUCAUCUACGUGCAGAAUUCAUACACAUGCUCACUUCCUGUUUUGUUCCCAGUACUUACUGUCUCACUAUUAAUUGUAUGCACAGUGUAUGUGACAUAUUUGAAAAUACUUUUAAAUUUUCCACAGUAAUUUUAUUCAAUCUGACUUGUACUUUAUUUUCCAUUUCAAAAUACUACAUAAGUAUAAAAGUCAGCAAACAAACCCACAAGCAAAAACUAAAACAAAUUAUGAUCUAUCCUGAUUGCAUUUUGGAACAGUUUUGUGAAAGAUCAUAAACAAGAUUAGCAAGCCACAGAGAUACUAUAUCAGAAUUUCUGGCUUUAACAUGUUUCUGCAGUGUAGUGCUACACAUUCUAAAGCCAGUAUUUUAUAGCUCUUUGGGCUUCAGUAUUCAUAAUGAGACAAUCCAGCUACUUUUUCAGAUUGCUUCUUGGCAGCACACAGAAAAUCCAUUCAUGUCCCCAGAGCACCAGGGACCCUUCUCUGUUUGGCACCCCCAGGGUUAUAAAAUUGCUGUCCAAAACACUGGUGUCUUCACUGCCUCUGCCUCUGCCUCUGCCUGUCUGUCUGUCUUCUCUCUCUCUCUCUCUCUCUCUCUCUCUCUCUCUCUCUCACCUAUUUGUUUCUUACUCUUUCUUCCUCAGUUUAUUCGCGUUCCAUCCAAAAUUCUGUAUUCAUAUCUAAUACAAGAGUCACAUAGUCCAAUUUGAUAAAGAAUCAUGGUACCGUGGCACGUUUCCUCUUCCUGAACAAGUGGAAAGCACUCUGGGUAAUCCCACUUCUCUUUUUACUGCCAGAGUCCAGUCAGAACUUCUUUCUGGACUUUCGUGGUGCAAAGAGGGAGGGAAUCCCCAGGUUCAGAUUUGAGUUUUACAUCUGCCGUAAUUGUGCACUUACACCAGUAGCCACAUCCAUGCAGGUACACUCCUGGGUCAAUCUGCAGUUUUGUUUGUUUGUUUUUUAAUUAAACAGACAGUAGAAUCUGCAUCCUUACUAAAAUAUAGAAAAAUCACAGAGACAAUGCAGCCAUCUGUGUAAGUAUUUCUUCAUUGUUUAGAUUAUAAAUAAACUAUAUUUAUUUGUAAACAAAUGCAAAAUAUUUAUAAACAAAAAAUACAAACAAGAAAACUCUAAGAGCAAUGCAAAGCAAAAGUUCCUGUAUCCAGAUAUAUCUAAUUUAUAAAUUAACCUCUAGUUUUGUUUUGGAUUAAACACAAAGAUGUCUAAACUGUAAAUACUUUUAAAACAGUGAUGGUGUACUUUUUAUUUAUGGUAUAUUCCAGCCAACUGAAUUACACUGGAUAGGAUCACACUUCAGAAUAUUUGCACAUUUUUCUGUCAAUUCAGAAUGUGAUACAAAUGCAAUUUUAAUUUAUUUUCAUUCCUACUUAUGGUGUAAAACCAUUUAAACAGUAAAUCGUAUGUACAAUAUUCUUUACCAGAUACUCGCACACAGAUAGCGUUGAACACUGCAGAACAUUUUCCUUCUGAAGCAGGACCUAGUACUAUUUAAAAGUGAGGGACUGGUCUCAUUUUAUUUGUAUUGACUGUUUCUGAUGACUCUGGCGCACUCUAAUGAGGACAGUGGGCAAACUACAUUUCUAUCUGACAAGGACAUUCAUACUUAAGAUGUUUAAAUAUUGUGUUCUGUCUUUGACCUAUUAAAUGCAGUGUCCUUCCAAAAUGAUCUCUCUUAAGAAAUAUUUUUUAAGAUGGUUGUGUUUGUAGUAUUACAAACAUUUUCACUUUGCUUCCGGAGGCUUGACAUUUUGAAGUGGAAUUUUUGUAAGUGUUAAUACCCUGUCUGUUUGCAAUACCAGUGGGCGCAGAAGAUCAGUGACACAAUAUUUAUCCUCGUGCCACAUGCACAGUAGCAAAAACAAAGUCAAGUUGAUAGUCAAGUUCAGAGUUUUUGCCCUCUUAUAUUUUAACAUGAAGGUUUUCUUAGAUGGAAAUGCGAUUAUAUUCCUACCAUUUCUCUCUUCCUCUGUAUGUAUAGAAAAAUAAGACUUCUGUUAUGCUUUUCUUUUUGUAAGUAUAUCCAUAUUACAGAUGUAUCCUUUUAGGAUAUAAUAAUUCGGUAUCUUCCAAAGCCAAAAAAGGAUGAUGAAAUGAAAAGUAGCUUAAUGGAAAAUGGGUGUAAUGAUUUUUAGUGAAAUGCUUCUUAAUAGGGCAUUAAUUAAUCUACGUGAUCUUGUAUAUGCUGUAUAGUUUUGGCCUAUCUUUCCUUUCCGUUUUCUGUUGUGCUCCAAAUCAUCAUCAUCAUUGCCAGAACAUGUUAUCAGUUGAGGAUUAGGGUAGGGAGGUUGAUCUGAUAAGUAGUGAAAGUGCGGAAGUACCAUCAGGGUGAGGUUAGCAAAGAUAAAUGGAGUAAAGUAUUUCUUCGUACCUGACGAAAAAAAGCUAAGCAUGCUCGUAACUGCUCGGUUCUAGCCAAUAUAAGCUAAAUUAUUGCUUUACCUGUACACAGUAAAUGUUUUAGCAAUUUUAAGAGCAACUUCAUAAAAUACUGAUCACUAUCAGGAUAUGGACUUUGCUUUUCUUCUUAGGCUGUUUUCAUUUGUUUCUUCUGCACCCUUUUAAUGGAAUAUAUAGGUCUCUUGAAAG